CAAAACUUAGCCCUCUGUUUCUCCUUAAUGUGAUUCCCAUCCUCAGUGUUUCCCAAUCUGUAGUGCAGGUUGGCCUUAUUUUUGUCAGUCAUUAGUUGGCAGGUAUUUUAGGCUUCUCUGCCCGGUGUGCGUGCGUGUGCAUGUGUGUGUGCGUGUACGUGUGCGUGUAAGAGGCAGGGAGUGGCGAGAGAGAGGGAUGGAAAGACACACUGGAGAAGGAGAUUGGAGGUAGAGAUCCCUAUGUUUUUGACCAUGGCCUUGCAGGAGGAAGAUUGUAUUUGUUGUAUAUUUCAAAACUGAAAAUGAUUAUGUGGCAAUCAUAGCAUCAAGUGCUUGGUGUUUGGUGCAAUCCAAUGGGACAGACAUUCUGUAAACUGGAGAGGACCAUGUCUCUUGGGAGCAAGGCGAUUUGUAAAUGUAAUUUCUGGGGGCAGCAAACCCUAGUGGUUUCCCUAGAAGUCUACCAAAAUUCUUGUGCCUCUUCUCUGCUGAAUUUUAACAUAUGACACCCAAGGGAUCUAUACAUUGUCAUUGUGUCAGCUAGAAAGGCAUCCAAGAGCUUUUAAAUACCUCAGACAAAUCCAGUUCCUAUUUCAUUCUUUUCUGUUUUAUUUCUAGAAUGCUAGUACGUUCUCCCCAAAUGCUUGACAGAAUAGUCAGUCUGAGCAGGCCCAUUGGAUCCUGCAGUCGGUGAGCUGAGGGAUGGUAAUGUCAACAAGGGGGGACUGGUGAGAAAACAAAGUUUGGUUCUUAGACUUUCUUAACUCCAACAUCUGCAUGGUUACUGCACUACACAUUGCCACAUAAAUGUCUGUGCUUCCAUCUGUUGCACGGUUAUAAUACAUACCUACUUCAAAUAUGCAUUGUCUUUAAAACAACUUCUAAAUGAACUCCAUUGUGACUAUCUUCUAAAAUAUUAGUCUAUGGUGCAAGCUUUUGUAUGUUAAAAAUACAAGAUGGAUUUUAUUGUUUUCUUUUCCACUAAUUUGUUUUUUUUUUAUAAUAUCAACCCUUAGGUUGAAGUAAUUGUUAUUAUUAGACUAUUAAAAAUAAAAGGCCAACAUGUGAUUGAGAUGGAGAUUUUGAUUAACCCACCAUUCCUUUCCCACUGCACACACAAACAUGUGAGCCUCAAAAAGGGAGUCAGAAUCUCUUCUUUAAAUACACAUUCAACAUACAUGGAAUAAACAAAUUAUUAAGAAUCUUUUUUUUUCCUAAGAUACUGUCAACUUGAAAUUCCAACAGUAUGCUACAUAAAGAGGAAGAUAUGAAGAUCAGUGUGCUUUUAUCUUCAAAUUUCCCAGGAGGGAUUCAAAACUAAUCAUCAUCACUCUUUGCAGACCAUAAUAAGUAAUUUUGUUCCUAUUUUAUGGAGUCAAUUGAAGCAGGUAAAGUACUACCUCUGGGAACACAGAUAGUAAUGUCCACUUCUGCUCUAUAUAUUUUUGCUACUCACUAUUUAUAAAAUACUCAUUUGGGAAAUUAAGUUGGAUUUUAUGCGUGCUACGAAAUUAAACUGGGUGUUUUCCAGUUCUCAUGGUUCUUCAUCAGUUAUGAAAAAAAGCAUAUCUCUAAAGGUGAAAGUUAAAAUCACUCGGACUCCUAAGACAAAUUAUUGAAUAAUAAAACACUCUCCAAACAAUGCUUGGAGUGACAUUUCUCUGAGGAACAUGUCUGUUGUUUUUGUCAAAGUUAUUGCUGUAUUUUAAUAACAGGGACCAUUUGUGAAGGAUGAAUACUAAAGUGCUUUAACAUAAUCUCAAAUGAUAUGUAAUGUUGAUAUAUAGGAAUAUAUAGGAAUAGUGGUGACAAAUAAAGUAGAAAAAUAGUGUUACUUUAUGUGAUGCAUUUUUUUUUCUGUGAAGAUUUUUGUUACAUUCAUGAAGAAUGUUACAUUCAUAAAGAACAUUUCUUUUGCCACUGUUUCUAUCAUGGUAAAUUUAAAUCCUUAAUUCCUAAAAGAUGUGGGAAGGGCCAUUUCUGGGUAUUACCAAAAAUGUUUUUGUGAUGCUGACUGAUGCAUUGAUUUCUUUGGAAUUGUAAUAGUUUGUCAUAUAAUCAAUACUUAGGACUUAAAACAAGAAACUAACAUAAUUGUGAAAUACAGGCAAUUGUUUUAAGGAACGAAAACAAAAAAAAUAUUAACCCAAAAUUUUGAGUGCAUAGAGCCAUUUUCCCAGAUAAUUCGAUGAUAAUUUUGAGGUCCUAAGGGGGCACUAUAAGCACAUAAUUGCCUUCUUCUGACAAGCACUGUGCUACUUAAGCAACACUUUAUCUUUCCUUUUGAUUUUCUAACGAUUAAAUCAUUAAGCAUAAAAUAGUGACUGAUUUCCAAACAAGAUGUAUGGUUCUUUUUUUAAAAUAAAUUUGCCAUGUUAAAAAUACAUAAACACAUAUAUGUGAUACACAUAUAUGUAGUUACACAAUCACAAAUCACAAAUCACAAAUGUAUUUGUAUAAUGGACACAACCAGAACACCUGGAUUUCAUCCAGGUUUUAUUCCAAAUUACUGGCCGGGCUUUAGACGAAACACUUGACCUUUUUAGUCUUCACUUUCUUUGUAAAAUGAAAUGCUUUGACUAGUAGAUAUGGAAUCCCCUUUGAGCUCUGACUACCUAUGACUUUAUGCCAUUAAGAGGUAUGCAUUAUAGACAUAUGUGUAGAAAAAGACACUUUUUCGAUCUUCAGAAAAAUUUUAUGGUCAUAGAAAUUGUUUCUCUCCUCUCCAUAUUAGAAAAAAAGAAGAAGAAAAUACUGUUGAUAGUUUUCCAUUAUACUGGCACAUUCUCUUCCCUGAAGCUAUAAUAACUAUAUAAUGAUACUUGAUACAUUCUUAUUAAAAAAUGUGGAUGUCUUACAUAUGAACAAAUGAUUUUUUUUUUUCUUGGAGAGAGAGAGAGACAGAGUGUGAAUGGGGGAGGAGCAGAGAGAGAGAGAGGGAGACAGAAUUGGAAGCAGGCUCCAGCCUCUGAGCUGUCAGCACAGAGCCCGACGCAGGGUUCGAACCCAUGAACUGUGAGAUCAUGACCUGAGCGGAAGUCAGGCACUUAGCCAACUGAGCCACCUAGGUGCCCCAACAAAUGAUUCUUUAUCUAAUUAUAUCAUUUUAAAAAUUUCAGCACAAGAUACAGAAAAGAAGAAGAAGACAUAAUAUUUCUAUCAUGUAAAUCCAUAUAUAGGCCAUAUAUUCUUCCCUUCUGUAAAUCAAAACAAAAAGUGGUGGUGUUGAUAAGCUCCCCCCAAUAUUGCUUUUUAAUAUAAAUUUCCAUUUCUUAGCUAAAUUUUCAUGGUUAGUAUUUUAAAUCAUACUUACAAGUUUAAAUAUAGCUUUACUAUAUUUAAAUGGAAAUGAAAGAGAAAUGGUUUGUUUUUGAUAUGUUGGUUUGUUUUGAAUAGUCUUUAAAAAGAAUGUUUAGAGAAGUGCUCAAAGCAAAAGCCCAGAAUCAAAAGUUGAUUAAAUGGCGGUUAAAUGAUAUGCUCUUCAAAAAUGUAUCUGUUGCCAUAUUCUUACUCUUAUCACGCUCACAGGUACUUCAGCUUUUAAAAGUAUAUUAUUCAGCAAGUAGAAAAAGUUAUGAGACAUUUUCAUUACAUAUUAUAUGCAUUUUUAAAGGCAGUAGGAUUCAUUUUUCAAGCUUACACUUAAUGGGGAAAGCAGAAUCAAUACAUAAAAAAAUAAAGAAUAUGAGAAGAAUCAAGACAAGUAUACAGUAAGAUAUAUAUGUAUAAAAUAUAUAAUAUUUACAGAUAUGUAAAGUAUAUGUAUACAUGUAAUAUGUGUAUGUAUAAAAAUAGCAAUAAUCCACCAUAACUAAAAUGCCCAAGACAUUUUUAAAUGUUUGAGAUGAACAAAUGGGUUUGGUUUGUGAUGUUCAUAGUUUGCGUUAUCCUACUUUAUUCCUUGUUCUUCAGCCCUUCAGGAGAACUUUUGUCAGUAUCUUAUGAUACACCAGAUAGAAUUCUGGGCUGUGCGUUUAAGGAGAUGAAAAGAGUAGCCACUACCUUCCAGAAAUGUGUGCAAAUAAAUAAUUAAUUACAUAUAGCGUACUAAAUUCUGUGUUAGAAAUAAACUUAGAGUCCUGCCGGAAUAUAAAUAAGACACAUUCAGCGUAUGGGGGCAUUUGGGGGAGAUUGAGAGAUAUAAAAGAGGGCUUCAUAGUAGACGAGAUCCUUGAACUGAAGCUUGAGGAGGAAUUGAUGAAAGUUAAAGCUCCAAAUGGCAGGGAUGGGCAAGUAAGAAGUGGGGAAAUAGCGUCAAGGUGAGAGAGGGUGUUCCAGUUGGAGAAAUACAAAUAGUUCAGUAUGCCUGAGUGUGUGGGAAGUGGUGGAGGAUGAUACUGAAAAUAUUGGUUAAAAGGACAUGGCACUUGAAGGGUUCAGAGAGCAACUAGACUAUUUAAGCUGGGGAGGGAUAUUACGGGAGGGCUGUGAAAGCUACUGAGGCAGAGAGACCAUUUUGCAGACAAAGAAGUAGAGCUUGAUGGAUAUGAAAGAACACAUCUGAGACAUGUUUAGGGGGUAAAAUCAAUGGGAAUGUGUGAGCAACUGAAUUUGAGGGUGUGAGAGAGAAACACGGGACAAUUCUUAGAUUCUGGUUUGAGGGAUAGAGAUGAUGACAAUGACCGAGAUCCCAUCUACUGACUGAGAAGAGAAUUUGCCAAUGAAGCCUGAGAGAGAUCUGUCCUCUAGAGAGAAAUUUAGGGUUAUGAGUAUACAAGCAUGUAAUUGAUGGCAAAGAAUAUGAUUAUGCAUUAAGGGUUUAAAAAAAGGAGAAGAUUAAGAAUGAGAUGAUAAAUUUGGGGAUGUCUGGUCAAUCAAGGAAGAGACAGGACCACAAAAGGCAGUAACACACAAGCCUUUUUGGGUGGUGGUCUUGGACAGAGUUGCAUGAUGGGAAGUCUCUCCCAGCAACAGUGCCUCCAGAGAUAACAGCCCAUCCAGGGGUGCUACAUCCAGAAGGGAGAUAGGACAGGGGACUCUUGGGGAGAAUGGGAAAAUAGAGAGUGGGCUUACUUAUCUAGGUGACAUCCCUCAGUGGCCAAGUGGGGAGACUUGGUUCAGAAAGCUACAAAGGGCAGCAACAAUUUGGUAUCUGUCAUGGCGAUGGGAUUUGUUUCAUCUCUGGUUUACACAUGAUGGGUUCAACUUCUCAGAGUAUGAAAAGUAGAUGGAUUCUAACUGGUUAAAAAUAUACAUAUUAAAAUUAAUUUAAAGCAAUUAGAUGUGUGAGAAUUUGAGUUUGGUGCUGUCUGGCUUUGGGCUAAUCGUCGUAGCCUGCUGUGAAGAAGAAAACAAUAUGGGGGCCACUUUAAGCUAAUACACAUGUGCUAUCUUGGGCCGAUUUAUAUAGUAGGGUCCUGGGAAGGAAAACAGCUAAAGAAGUAGAGAGAGACAGCAGAUCCUGGGAGAGGAGACUGAGGAGCAUCCAGGAAGGGAUGAGUAAAGCCUGCAGUGUGGAGUUCAUGAAGUCAAAGGAAAAGAAGAUUCCAAGAGCAUAGGAUGGUGUAAAGAGUCAAAUGCAACAUAAAGAAUAAAUAUAAUAAAGUCUGAAUUGUGUCCAUGGGCUUUGGUCAUUGGUGUUAUGGGCAGAGGUGGGUAGGUGGGCCAUAUUUGAGGAGCAAAUGAGAGGACAGUAAAUGUUUUUUUUUUUUUUUUGGGAGAAGUUACCAGAAAGAGAAGCAACUACAAAAGCAAUGACAUGGGUGAGGGAGUUACAAUGAAAGAGUGAGCAAUUUUAUUUUUGUUUUCAUUUUAGUCUUGAGCCAAGAAAACGGAGUUGUUGAAUAAACAGGUGUUAUACUUAUAUCAUUGUGUAACAAACCUCCCAAAUUUAGUGGAAUAAGACAACAACUCACUCAUGGAAUUUAUUCUCAUGGAUUGAGUGGGAGAGCACAAUGGUGGUGGCUUGUCGCUGUCACUUGGUGUUUCGGGUGUCAGCUGGGAAAACUCAGUGGGCUAGGCUGACUCAAAGCCUGGGGGCUGAAACAGCUGGGAGAGAGGAUUCACUGCUGAAAUGAGGGAUAUGGAAUUUAGGGAGUAAAUAUGCUAUCAUUUUUACUUAAUUCAGAAGGAAGGAGGAGUCUAUUGAAAAUGGGAUAUGAGGUAGGAGACUAGGGGAGAAAUGUGACAAUUUGGAAUAUCUUCUAAAAGGAGAGACAUUGGAAGUCACUCAAGCCCAAGCAUUUUUGGGUGAUAUUUAAGGUUCAAGGAAAGUUUUGAGUGUGUAGUUUCAAUAAUCUAUGCAAUUGCAUUAUUUUCACCUAUAUGCUAUGCUAGUAGAGAGUGGUAGCCAAGCAAUUUCCUGGGUUCAGAAGAGUCCGAUUAUACCCCAGCCCAUCUUUAGAUAUUUUUCCUCUUUGUAGAUUUAUAUGUAUCUGGAGAAAGAAAAGCAACAGCUAGACUUUAAACAAAGGAAUGAAGAAGGGAUACUUACCUAAGCAAAGUGUUGUGAAAAGGUCUAAUGUUAAGCCUGAGAUUUGGGGAGUGGGGCAAGAUGAACUGUCAGACAUACUUGUCAUAGACGAUACAAGUUUCAGAGGUGGUGUUCACACUUGCCCUUCUCACCAGCUAUUCCUACUCCAUGUCUUUGAGAGGAGAUAUGAAGUGAAUAGUGAUAAAAAUCAAAACAAAUGAUAGUAACAAUGGCAAGCUCUGUUCAUUAUACCAUGUAAUAAAUACAUAAUGUGACACUUUUGUAAAAUAACAUUAUACUUUUGUUGAAUGUCUGAAGGGUGUCUGAUGAGGUGAGAUCUACAGUAAAAUGUUUGGAUAUUUACUAAAUAAUUUUAAGAGUCUAGUCCUCUAUAGUCUUAUUCUGACAGAUUUAAAAAAGAUACUCUCAAUCUGUGGGCUGUGUGACUGAAUGAGAACUUUCUUGAAGUGCAUUCCCAUUUCUAAUCAAGAACAAAUCCAUAAAUAUUACUUAGUUCCUCUACACAAGGAAUAUAUUGAAUUGUUUGCCUACAUACCUGUAUAGUAACAUUUUAAAGAAAAUUUUCACUCCUUUCUGCUAGUUAAGUCCCCAAAACAAUUAAUAAUUCUUAAUUAGUUAAUCCAAUGAAUCCAAUUGAAUUAAGUGAUUGUAUUGACUAUUUGAUUGUACUAACCAAUUUAGUCAAAACUCUUUACCCCCUAUAUUUCAUUGGUUUUAAGAUGAGGACUUUAUUAAAAAAAUAUUUUAGUACUCUCACUUUGAGAUUCUUUUAUAAUCGAUUGUGUGUCAUUGCUUUACUGGAAGCAUUUUCUCUCUUUCUCAGUGGUCCAUAAAAUAAUGCUGCAAUCUAUAUUCUGUGACAUCAUCGAUUCACAUAAAUGCAAUAGGUAAGUUACAGAAAGAAGGAAAAACUGACACCUAAUUAAUGCAUAGACUAUGAACUGAUUCACCAGCAUGGUUCAUAUUAAGUUUUACCCCAGUGAAAUUUUCUUCUUACAAUAUCAUCUACGUUCUAGUUUUCCUAUGUAGUGUUAAUGCCUAUCAAGAUUUAGCUGAGCGAUAAUUUAUGACAAUUUUCCUGUAUCAAGGCCUAAUAGCAUUUUAGAAACUUUAAUUAACUCUUGGAGCAGAAAUUCAUCAAGAGACCAAUAAAGUAGUUACAAUGGAUAAAUUCCAGCAGCAGGUAGAGUGAUACACUUUUAUCUAGGCAGUCAUUGAAUCAUGCAAUUUAAAGGGCCAGACCAUUUUCUGGAUGAUAAAACUAAGGUCUACAGAGAUUUAAUGAGGAAAGCCUAUUCUUCUGUUUAAAUGACAGAACAAAAGACUUGCCCAAGAGAACAUGAGAACAGGUCAUUAAUUUAAUUCUCCUAGUCAUGGUUUAUAGGUCAGAAUGCUAUGAAAUUUCAGAAGGCAAUACACAAAAUGGAAAACUCUCUCCCUAGCGAAGAGGUUUUAUCUAGUUUGAAUUCCAAAUAAGAAAGUAUAAAACUGGCUGUUCAUUUAAGAGUAGAAAAAGAAUUUCUUUAUUUCACACAUAUCUUCUCUUUAAUACAUCUUUUGAGGAAUUCACAUUACUCUUUAACACAUGUGUUCUGAGGAACUCAGAUUAUGUUAUUUGAAACCUUCCAUAAGAUUACAUUAUAUAAGAGGAUCUUAUGUUGCAUUAGGUUAUCAUACUAUCCUGAAUUUUUUUAUUUUACACUUUUUAAAAUUUUAUUUUAUUUUACAUUUUACACUUUGAAAAAGUACUUAGUAAAUGAUACUCCUGGAGAAUUACACAAUUUGCUGCUGUUAGUGAGCAUUUCAAAACUUGUUUUUGCAUUACAGAAUUUGACAUAGAAAAGUCUUUGAGACCAAUGAACUUUCAAAGAAUGGUAUUUAAUAUUAAUAUUUCAAGAAUGCAGCUUUAUGAAUUUGCCUUAUGGGGGACACUUUAUGGCAAUUCAGUUAGAAAGGUAAAAUACAAUGGCCAUGUUUAUUUGGGGCAUUCUUGCAGACAUGACUUUCUUAGCAUUGUUGGGAAAUACAGAAAGGAAAGUGUCUAAUGAGUCCAGAUUGUAUUUUCAGCUCCAAAAUAUUUGCUGACAUGGCACAAAUGUUUACAUGAAAAUGUAUUCUUCAUGGAGAAUUAAAUUAUUACAUUUGUAAUUCUUGGAGCAGAAUAAAAAUAGCCAGUUUGAUGAUCAAAACCUUGGGGCAAACUUGCUUCUCAGAAUGUGACUUGAGGGAAUGGAGUAGACAGGUGAUUAGAAACCUAGAGUUAUUACUCUUUAAAAGAAUUUAAAUUCCUAAAUUAUGCCUUAUAUUUUCAUCCUUAGUUGAAACAAAGAAAAGAAUAAAAGAAAAUAUACUUGCCAUUUUACUCUGUUUAACCAGUAGUAGGAUUUUGUAAAAUGUAUGUUCCCAUCUACUAUUGUAGUUUAUUUAUUACAUGACCACGAUAUUUUAAAUCUUGAUCAUAAUCCCUUUUCAACUAUAUAAAAAUAUGUCUAAUGACAAAUAUUUUAGAAAGAUUUCCUGGAAAAAAAAAACAGAUGUUUACCACACUAUACAAAUAAAUGAGCUAUGACUUAUACUGAACUUUAAAUACUGUUUAUUUUGCCAGAGAAAGAAAACAUAUUUUAACAGUGUAAAGUUUAGGUCAUUCCCUUUGUCUUGGAAUUUUUUUUUUUUUUUGGUUUGAAGACAGAAUGCAAUCAUAGUUGUUAUGUAACAAAACUUUUAUGCAUAUCCUAGGCAGUGUCCUGUAUCUUUAUUAGGAGCACUUUUUAUUUUUUUGGCAGCUUGAUUUGGAAGAAGUUUUAUUCAUCCUCACCAGUAAAUAAUGUGUGUGUGUGUGAGUGUGAGUGAAAUACACAACUUUGGUUUUUCAAAGUGGAAUACAACUAUGUACAACAUCUGAGAUCAGUGUUAUCAGUAGUGAUCCUGAAUCACCGGGCACCAUGAUGGCUUUGCUACCGUCAAUGUACUCUGUGUACAUUCCAUUCUUUUCUUCCUAACGUUCAGUACAAGGGUAGAUUAAGCACCGAGGAAAUGGCAUUGACUUUUUGACCACCAGGGAAAUGUUCCGUUCAGCGUGCUCCCCUAAAAAAAGCAGCUAGGCACUGGGAACAAAACUAACUGCAUUUUCUCAGUGGAAAGAAAGAAGGACAAAGGCCAGGCUAGCUCAUCCGAGAUUUGCUACUUUUGCUUUUUAAGGUCUUCUCUUUGUUCGCUUUUAAAAUGGGGGCAAAAGAAACCAAAAAACAAAAAACUUUUCGGUACUGGUGUGAGAAAUAUACAAAGGUCACCAAAAAAAGCAAGGAACAUAUUAGUAACAUUGUUGCGGUGAAUUUCACAUUUCCUUUUCUCCUAAAUAACACCCCUUUUCAGUCUUGACUUGGGCUGACGCUCCAGCUUUUCAGCCGGGUAGAAGUUCGGCCACAAGAUGGCACUGACCUGCAAACAAAGGAAAACAGUGGCUCUGACUUUCUAAAGCCCUGUGACAUUGUCUUGCUUUCCUGGGAGUCCAGGACUGUGGGGAUGAGUGCUUACUUUCCUUUGCACCGUGCGUCUGUGUUUAACAACGUGUGGAUAUGUUUAAUUUCUCUUCCUUCCAGAAUUCCUAGGCAACGCACCCCCGAAGUGUAUACCCAGGCUGAGGUGUUUGUGGGGGGAGCAGCAGGCGCUACUCGCGGGGCGCCGUCACGUGAUCCGGGGAUGAGGUGGAGUUCGGCUUUAAGGGGGCGUCUCUUCCUAUCUUCAUCAAUCUUUAGGAUUUGAGCAGGAGAAAUACCAGCGGAUCUUUUCUCCCGGCUCUAUCCCUUCCAUUACCAUUCUUCCCGCUUUAAUAAACGGGCGAAAACGACGAAUCCAACAGAGGAUCGUUCAGAUUUGCCAUGCUUACCUGGGUCCUACGAAAAAAGCAUAUCUCACUAGGUGGCCCCCAGGAAGGGGGAAAUGGAAAGCUUGCUUGUCACUACCUGGACAGAGAAACAGUAUCUGUCAGUCCCAAGACUCUAGAAUGCUUUCCUGGUAAAGAGAGCAGAAAGCUGUCCAGCCCAGUACCCCACCUAUGACUAAAGACUAAGUGCUUUUCGGUAGUAACAGCACUAAGAACAGCAAGCAGUGAAAGACCAGCAUUCCAAUUGGAAAGGAUAAGGAAAUUUCCCUUUGGAAGGGGGCCAAUUUUCCAUCUGAUGAUAUUGUUCAGUUCAGGGGAAUGAAGAAUUCAGAAUAAUAUUCAUAAAUGGAUUGCAGUAUGAAGAAUAAGAAUAAGCUGAAUAUUUGAUCUGCUUUGAAGAAACAUAUUUUGCAUUUGUCUAGAAUAAUCUGUAACAACCAAACCAAUCAAAAUGAAUUCAACAUUAAUGUCCCAGGUUGAAAAUCAUUCAAUCCUAUGUAAUUUUUCAGAGAAUUCCCAGUUUUUGGCUUUUGAAAGUGACGAUUGCCAUCUGCCCUUGGCCAUGAUAUUUACAUUAGCUCUUGCUUAUGGAGCUGUAAUAAUUCUUGGAGUCUCUGGAAACCUGGCGUUGAUCAUAAUCAUCUUGAAACAAAAGGAGAUGAGAAAUGUUACCAAUAUCCUGAUAGUGAACCUUUCCUUCUCAGACUUGCUUGUUGCCAUCAUGUGUCUCCCCUUCACAUUUGUCUACACAUUAAUGGACCACUGGGUUUUUGGUGAGGCAAUGUGCAAAUUGAAUCCUUUUGUGCAAUGUGUUUCAAUCACUGUGUCCAUUUUCUCUCUGGUUCUCAUCGCCGUGGAGCGACAUCAGCUAAUAAUCAACCCACGAGGGUGGAGACCAAAUAACAGACAUGCUUACGUAGGUAUUGCCAUCAUUUGGGUCCUUGCUGUGGUUUCUUCUCUACCUUUUCUCAUCUAUCAAGUACUGACCGAUGAACCGUUCCAGAACGUGACACUUGAUGCGUUCAAGGACAAGUACGUGUGCUUUGAUAAAUUUCCAUCGGACUCUCAUAGGUUGUCUUACACAACUCUCCUCUUGAUGCUGCAGUAUUUUGGCCCACUCUGUUUUAUAUUUAUUUGCUACUUCAAGAUAUAUAUACGCUUAAAAAGGAGAAACAAUAUGAUGGACAAGAUGAGAGACAAUAAGUACAGGUCCAGUGAAACCAAAAGAAUCAACAUCAUGCUGUUGUCCAUUGUGGUAGCAUUUGCUGUCUGCUGGCUGCCUCUUACCAUCUUUAACACUGUGUUUGAUUGGAAUCAUCAGAUCAUUGCUACGUGCAACCAUAAUCUACUAUUCUUGCUCUGCCAUCUCACAGCAAUGAUAUCCACUUGUGUCAACCCCAUAUUUUAUGGAUUUCUCAACAAAAAUUUCCAGAGAGACUUACAGUUCUUCUUUAACUUUUGUGAUUUCCGGUCCCGGGAUGAUGACUAUGAGACAAUAGCCAUGUCUACCAUGCACACAGAUGUUUCUAAGACUUCUUUGAAACAAGCAAGCCCAGUCGCAUUUAAGAAAAUCAACAAUGAUGAUAAUGAAAAAAUCUGAAACUGCUCUAGCGUAUGGCCCCAGAUGACACCUGUUUAAAAACAAGCACAACCCACAACAAUACUUUUAUUCCCCCAAGGAGUGAGGUUGUAAUCAUUUAAGAAAGACCAAGAUUUGUUUGUCUUGCUUUUUACCGCUUUAAUUGUAACUGUCAUAAUUAAAUUCGGACAAAAUGUAUGGACUUCGGAAUUUUCUGACAUUAGUUUGACCAGACAUCCUUGAAGUGCUUUUUGUAAACGUAUGCAUAUAAUACAAAGACUUAUAUUUGACUUGUUGGAAUAAAAUUGCUUUAAAGGACUACUACUGACUGACUUUAGAAGCACGGUAUCUGAUACGCAUUAGAUUGGGCUAUCCCUAUUUGAUUAGGUUACACGGUCAAUAGAUUGGGCAAUCCUGAUGUAACGAUAGACAUUUCAGUCUGUUACAGAGGUGACAGCAAAAGCAGCAUUCGCGAUGUGGAGCUGAGUCUCUGUCUUACAUACCUACAGUCUGAAGUCAUUGAAGAGUGAUUUGCAUUUUUUUUUAAAUUUAAGACAGGAUUUAAUUUGCUCCUGAUUUAUCACUUAAGAUAAAAAUGCAUAAAAAUACUUCUCAGCUGUGAAUAUCAUGGGGAAUUGGGCCACCCACAAGAAUUAAGUGGGAAAGCAGUUCUCUAACUUCAAAACUAUUUUGGUACCUGACAACCAAAGGGUUUCAGAGCAAUUAAUUUAACAAGCAAACUAGUAGUGCAGCAAAUAGUUGAAUUAUAUUCAUCUGAAUUGUUGGGUCAAGAGGCUUUCCAUUCUUCACAAAGUGUUCAGUGUUUGUCCAGUUUUCUAGCCUAAAUACAUAUGUGGCUUAAAGGUAUUUCCAGCUUUCGAUAUGUAAAAACACAGAGUGUAUUUUCCAUACAUCAGUGCCUAUAUAGUAACUCAUUUUUAACUUUUUCAAUGUCUGUUUUUCAAAGGAGGACACCAAAGUGUAAUGUUAAAAGAAUGUUCACCCUGGCUGGCAGGGAUAAAUACCUGAAAACUGAGAACACUUCAUAUAGCCCAUUUUAACUUGUAUAAACUGUGUGCCUUGUGUAGUUUUGUAAAUAAUGUACUGUCUAGAGUACUAAGUGGUUGUGUUAUAUUAAUAUACUUAAUUUCAUGCAUCCUGUAUUCAUGAUUGAGCCUCAGAGUCAUUUGGAGAGAAGAUAUUUUAAAGAACAAGAUACAACUUCAGUGUAUUAUAAACGUAUUAAAUGUGUUUGAUUUUAGAAGGCA